AUGAGACCUGCCUUUUGGCAGUUUAUGCAGAAAGAGGCCAUUCGUCCAUCAAAAAAGCAUUUUGGCAAGAGAUUUUUCAGCAAGGUUUCGAACUCACCCUUUUGUGUUCGGCAAGUGAUUUUGGCAGGAGGUCGUGACUGUCGUGCAUCUCCCUUCAAUUUCUUUCACAACCCUUGUCGUUCGGCAGGGGUGGACUUGGUUAGCACGGGGGCUUGGUUCAGUAAGAUGGGGUCUGUGAGGCCUUGGCGUGUUUUCGGAACUGAGGAAGUCGAGGUCUCCUACGUUCAGCAUGGCCCUUGCUGUUCGGCAAAGGAGCUGGGUUCGUGA